CUUUACAUAAAAUAAAACUCUGCUUUGAAAAGAGACAAACAUCCUGAUGAAAAUGAAACUAAAUGUGUGGUUUCUGGUCUGGCCUGACGAAGGGAAAUUUAUGUUAUGUGGGGGAGGAUCACUUAUUGAUAUUAUCAACGGCAACAUAAAUUACAACACUUCGUCCAAGUGUUAUAUUUGGUCUUUCUUGCUCACUUUGUUCCAGUACAACAACGCAGGUACGAAGUUUCCAUUAUCCUCAAAUGUGUAACAAAAUUGUGCUUCCUGUGUUUGUGCUUCCUGUGUUUUUGAAAGUAUUGUCAGUAUUGUACCUAUUUCAGAUCCUAGUUAGUCGAUAUUUAAGCUCUUCUGACUCCUUAUGAGCCUGUGUAUCCUCUUAGAUCGGCUGACUGUGGCCUGCUGGUCGUACCCAGAGUCUGACUGGUGACUAAGAACUAAGAAGUAUCUGGCUUUUGCAGUCCGGAACACCAAACCCUGGAAUGACCUUCCUGCAGAAAUUAGGAUUUUGGAGAAAAAAAGAACGUAAAGAAACUGAAGCUCCUCCAUUUCUCAGCAAACCAUGGAGGGAAAUAAACUGGGGAGACAACCAGAGGGAUCUGCAGUAUGUGAAGGACUACAGACCUCAGACUGAUGGCCAGCAGCUCAGGAUUCUCCUUCAUGGACAUAUUGGAGCUGGAAAAUCCAGUUUCAUCAACUCUGUCCAAAGUGUCUUACAAGGCAGAAUGUACACCCAGGCUUUGGCAGACAAAACUUUUCAUGACUGUUUCACCAAAGGGUACACAACCUACAAUAUCCAAAAAGACCGAGACACCUUUUACCCUUUUGUGUUCAAUGACAUAAUGGGCCUGGCCAAGGACAAAGGUGUCCAAGUGGACGAUAUCAAACUGGCUUUGAAGGGACACGUGAAGGACAAUUACAGGUUCAAUCGUGAUUCUAGGAUGUCAGAGGACGACCCAUUCUACAUCAACCAUCCAACUGACAACGACAAAGUGCAUGUUCUGGUUUGUGUCAUUGAUGCCAACACGGUAACUUGCAUGCACAACGAAAUUGAAGAAAAGAUUCGCAACAUCAGGAAGGAAGCCACUCACCUGAGUAUUCCUCAAGUGGCCAUUCUCACCAAGAUUGAUGAGACCUGUCCUGAAAUCAAAGAAGAUUUACAGAAUGUCUACAAGGUCAAUUACCUGAAGGAAAAGAUGGAGCAAUUCAGUGUAAAUGUGGGAAUUCCCAUGAACUGCAUCUUCCCUGUGAAGAACUACGAUCGAGAAAUCGACCUCAACAGUGACGUUGACUCACUCAUCCUGAGCGCCCUGAAACACAUCAUCAACUUUGGAGAGGACUGCAUCAACUUCCAUAAGAGUCAGCAACUUCGUGCUAUGUCAUAUCAAAAUAACAAUAUGUGACAUUAACCAGCAGGAUUUCUAACAAUCUAUGAUUUAUUACUUUUUGCUUGCCACAUUUGUAUGUUUUAUUUUAAAGGGCUCAUAUUAUACUAAUUUGCAUGUUCAUAAUUGUGUUUACAGGUUGUACAAGAAUAGGUUUAUGUGGUUUAAUUUUCAGAAAACACCAUAUAUUUGUUGUACUGCACAUUGCUGCAGCUCCUCUU